UGAUGAUGCACUUGAGAUGUCUUUCGGGGAUUGAGUUGAUGUGCUAUAUAUUUUCAUCUGCUGAUGCAAAGAAUCGCAUUCGCGAGUUUACCGUGAUCUCCAUUCCAAAUCCUAGCAACAUGGCCAACCAUGGCAGCGAACUUGUUGUUUAUAUCCAGAAACAGUUAGGCGUUACAUUUGAUAAGCCAUUACUGAUUCACGAAGCAUUUAUGGCUGCCGGCGCCGUCAACAGAGAUGGUAACAAGGACCUAGCUCUUAUUGGAGAUUCAGCCCUUCAACUUUUCCUACAAACGCAAGGCCGUGCUAGGAACGCAAGCCGUGAACGAAUCAAUCAAGUCGUCUCCCGAAUCGCUGGUAAUACGAACCUUGCCCAGCGGGGUUUUGAGCUGGGCUUUGAUCAGUACAUCGUCAAAAACCCCUCGCAGGGUAACUAUAUCGCCGACAAGCUGAUGGCGGCAACGGUCGAAGCUAUUAUCGGUGCUGUCUUCCUGGAGACAAACUGGGACCAAGAGGCAUUGCAAAGAGCAGUAAAUGCUUUGGGCUUAGCGUGGCCGGAUGUCUGAGUGAGGGCAUUCCCAUGCAUGGCUAGAAAGAUCUAGGAUGUUCGUGAUAACGCUCCAAGCGAAAUCCCGUUUUGUGUAACCUAUUUGAAAUGCGUUCAUGUGUCUAUUAGAAGGAUUAAAGCGGAAGAGCCACAAGUCUGCCCUUGGAAGUCCAAGGCCGUACCCCGCUUUUGGUCAAGCCUGCGAAGAACACGUGUCGGACAUCCUGAAAACAAAUCAAUAACAGAGAGAACAAUAUAAUCCAAAGAUUGAG